AGAGAGAGAGAGAGAGAGAAAGAGUCAAUUGUAAACUGUAGUAUGGAAGAAGGAAAAGAAGAUCGAAAGAUCAACAAGUAUUCUUGUGCUUGCUCCAUUGUUGCUUCUAUGAUCUCCAUCAUCUUUGGUUAUGAGACCGGUGUUACGAGUGGAGCAAUGAUCUUUAUCAAAGAAGAUCUGAAAAUCAACGAUGUACAAGUCCAAGUCUUUGCUGGAAUCAUCAACUUUUGUGCCUUAGUUGGCGCUUUGAGCGCCGGUCGAACUUCAGACUACAUAGGUCGUAGGUACACCAUAUCUUUGGCCUCCACAAUCUUCCUUUUGGGAUCCUUACUAAUGGGAUUUGCCCCUUCCUAUGCGGUCCUCUUGAUCGGACGAUGUGUGGCUGGGAUUGGAGUAGGGUUUGCUCUAGUGAUCGCUCCGGUUUACUCAGCCGAGAUAUCUGCCACCAACACCCGAGGAAUCCUAUCUUCAUUGCCCGAAAUUGGCAUUAGCUUAGGAAUUUUGUUAGGUUAUAUAUCUAAUUAUUUUUUCUCUAAGUUAGCCCUUAAUAUUGGUUGGAGGAUAAUGUUCUUCAUGGCAACUAUUCCUUCUAUAGGGUUAGCUUUUGGCAUUCUUAGAAUGCCAGAGUCCCCAAGAUGGCUCGCGAUACAGGGCCGUCUUAGGGAUGCCAAACAUGUUUUGUUAAAAGUGUCGAACAGUAAAGAAGAAGCUCAAUCCCGACUGCAAGACAUCAAACUAGCAAUCGGGAUUGAUGCUGACUGUAAUGACGAUUUUGUCACACUCAAGCAAAACACAUGUGGCAAAGGCGUGUGGAAAGAAUUACUACUAAGACCAACCCCACCGGUCCGCUGGGUCCUCCUAGCCGCCAUUGGAAUUCAUUUCUUCGAGCACGCAACUGGGAUCGAAGCUGUGGUCUUGUAUGGCCCACGGAUUUUCAAGAAAGCCGGGGUUACAACCAACGACAAGCUUUUAUUAGCUAAUAUAGGAGUCGGGGUCGCGAAAACUAUAUUCAUAACCGCAUCCACGUUCUUUAUCGAUAAAGCCGGAAGGCGAAAACUUCUAUUAACAAGUGUUGGAGGGAUGAUCAUUGCCUUAUUGGGGUUAGGGUUUGCUUUGACCAUAGUGCACCAAUCCCAUGACCAAAAGGUGGUUUGGGCACUUUGGUUAAGUAUAGCUACAUGUUACAUAUAUGUAAUGUUCUUUUCCAUUGGGCUUGCACCAAUCACAUGGGUUUAUAGUUCUGAGAUAUUUCCCUUGAAGUUAAGGGCCCAAGGGGCUAGUAUUGGGGUGGCUGUGAAUAGGGUUACUAAUGCAACUGUGUCAAUGACCUUUUUGUCCCUGGUGAAUGCCAUCACCAUUGGAGGGGCAUUCUUCAUGUUUGCUGGUAUGGCUGUUUUGGCUUGGAUCUUUUUCUUCUUUUUCUUGCCUGAGACCAAAGGGAGGUCACUUGAAGAGAUGGAACAGGUUUUCACAAGGGUAAAAAAGUCAAGAAAUGUAGAUGUGGAGUUGCAGACCGGAAACAAAGGAGUUCAAGUGGCAUAAUCUGGAAACCAAAGAACAUACUUGUAAUUUUAAUUUUACUAUAAUAAUAAUGUCAUAUGUGUUCUUUUACGUAUUAGAUUUAACUUCUUGUAAUGUAAUUGCUUGCUUAUCGCUACUGUUAAAAAAAAGUGCUAGAAAAU